AUGCGCGCGGAGCUCGAGCGCGCGAGGGACGGCGGCGCGAUCGCGACGCUCAUGGGGCAGAGGAUGCGGCUCCCGGCGUGGGCGAAGACGGACGAGCUCCUCGCGGCGGUGGCGAGCCACCAGGUGACCAUCGUCGCCGGCGAGACAGGAUGCGGGAAAACGACGCAGCUCCCGCAGUUCAUCUUAGACGACGCGAUCGCGCGCGGGGACGGCGCGAGGUGCAACUUGAUAUGCACGCAGCCGAGGCGGAUCUCCGCGACGUCGGUCGCGGCGCGCGUCGCCGCGGAGCGCGGCGAGAGCGUCGGGAAGACGGUGGGGUACAAAAUCCGCCUGGAAUCCGUCGCGUCGUCGUCGACGCGGAUACUGUUCGUCACCACCGGCGUCCUCCUCAGACGGCUCGCGGAGGACCCGCUCCUCGCGGGGGUGUCCCACGUCGUCGUGGACGAGGUCCACGAGCGGUCGCUGGAUUCGGAUUUCUUGUUGGUGCUCCUGAGGGACGUGCUCCCGCAUCGACCGACGUUGCGGGUCGUCCUGAUGAGCGCGACGCUCAACGCGGGGGCUUUCAGCGCCUACUUCAAAGGCGCCGCCGUCGCGCAGAUCCCGGGGUUUACCUACCCCGUUCAGGAGCACUAUCUGGAGGACAUCGUUCAGGUCACCGGGUAUUCGCCGAACCCCGGGUCGGACGUGUGCAAGCGCGGCGGCAAGGGCUCGGGCGGCGGCGGCGGCAUGCUCGACCAGUCGGUCAUAAACUACGACCUCGGCUUGAAACUUCUGGAGCACAUCUGCGCGAACGAAGCCGCGGGGGCGAUCUUGGUUUUCAUGCCCGGCCUGGCGGAGAUCUCCAAGCUGCACGACGCGUGCGUUUCGUCGCCGGUGGUCUCGAAAGCGUGCGGGCACGGGAAGUAUUUAAUCGCGCUUCACAGCACUCUGUCCACCGCGGAACAGAAAGUCGUGUUCGAGCACCCGCCGGGGGACUACCGCAAGAUCGUCAUCGCGACGAACAUCGCGGAGACGUCGAUCACGAUCGACGACGUCGUGUACGUCCUGGACUUUGGCAAGUGCAAAGAAAACGGGUACGAUCCGAACACGCGGAUGCAGAUGUUGUUAGAGCAGUGGGUCUCCCGCGCGUCCGCGAAGCAGCGCCGCGGGCGCGCCGGGCGCGUCAGAGCCGGGCGAUGCUUCCGGAUGUACACGCGCUUCGUGCACGAGCGCGUGUUCGCGGAGCACACGAUGCCGGAGAUUAAGCGCGUGCCGUUGGAGGGGCUGUGUCUGCAGAUUCAGUUGCAGCGCAUGUCCGGCGGCAUCGCGGGGUUCCUCGGGAAGGCGUUGGAGCCUCCGAAGGAGGACUCGAUCGCGUCCGCGAUAAAGACCCUGCGUCAGAUCGGCGCGCUGGACGACAAGGAGAAUCUCACGCCGCUCGGGCAGCACCUCGCGGCGCUCCCCGUGGACGUGCGCGUCGGGAAGAUGUUACUCUACGGCGCCGUCCUCGGGUGCCUGUCGCCGGUGUUGACCAUCGCCGCCGUGCUCGGCGGUCGGAGCCCGUUCGUCGCGCCGUUGGAGAAACGCGACGAGGCGGACGCGGCGAAGCGGGCGUUCGCGGAGGAUCAGAGCGAUCACCUCGCGACGUUGAACGCGUACAACGCGUGGGUGGACGCGAAGAGCUUAGGGAAAGCCGCGGAGAUGGCGUUCACGCGGGAUAACUUUUUGUCGUUUCGAACGCUCGAGGGCGUCGCGGACCUGCGGAAUCAGUUCUCGCAGCUCCUGCACGAGGCGGGGUUCUUAGGCGGCGGCGGGGGGGGAGGGAGCGGCGUACCGGCGCCGCGGCAGCUGGCCGCGGGCGCCGCUCCGUUCGCGCCGGGCGCGGCGGCGGCGGCGCCGCCGCCGCCCCCCCGUCGCGGCGGCGGCGGCGGCGGCGGCCGGUCCUGGGGCCGCCGCGGCCCUCCGCCGGACGACCCGGUCUGGAUCAACGCGAACCGAAACGCGUCCAACACGCGCCUCGUCAAGGCUGUCCUCGUCGCGGGUCUGUACCCGAACCUCAUACGCGUCGACCCGUCGUCGAAGCCGUCGGCGCCGCCGCGGCUGUUUUAUCUCAGCGAGCUCGGCAAGGACGAGACGCUUCAGGUGCACCCUUCGAGCGUCAACCACGGCGCGAAGAAGUUCUCCGCGCGGUGGAUGGUGUACCACGAGCGCGUGCAGACGACGAGCGUGUUCGUCCGCGACUGCAGCACGGUGACGCCGUAUCAGCUGUUGUUAUUCGGAGGGAAGGUGGAAGUGCAGCACGCACAAGGGACGCUGUCGCUCGAUCGGUGGGCGACGUUUAAGGCGCCGCCGAGGGUGGGGGUGCUUUUGAAGGAAAUUCGAGCGCGGUUGGAUAAGGUCCUGAGGGAUAAGAUCGAGAACUCGCACGAGGACGUCCAGGCCACGGGCGGGCCGCUCGUGGAGGCGAUCUUGCAGCUGCUGAACACGGAGCCCAUGACGGCGGCGCCGUCGUGAGUCGCACGAGUAGAGCGGAGAGUGAGAAUAUCCCGCGUGAUUUUACGUAUCUGACACUCUGC